AUGUCUGAAUUGGUGCCUUAUGGGAAAGUUGGGCAUGAAUCCUUCCUUGUUUUCUUGCAUUAUUUAUAUACAGGGACCCUUAAGGCUUCACCACCAGAAGUAACAACAUGUGUUGAUGAAACAUGUGUCCACGAUGCUUGUCGCCCUGCAAUCGAUUAUGCUUUGGAGCUCAUGUAUGCCUCUGCCACUUUCCAGAUGAAAGAGCUUGUUUUGCUUUUUCAGCGGCGCCUUCUAAACUUUGUGGAGAAAGCUGUAGUGGAAGAUGUGAUUCCUGUUCUUAUGGCAGCCUUCCACUGUCAAUUAAGCCAGCUUCGCUUGCAAUGCACUCAAAGAGUAGCAAGGUCUGAUCUUGACACCACAUCUUUGGAAAAGGAGUUCCCUCAGGAAGUUGUGGACGAAAUCAAGUCGCUGCGAGCACAAUCUGUGCUGGAAUCCACACCAGCAGAAAUGGAAGUGGAGACUUUGAAUGAAAAGAGUAUCAGGAGAAUCCAUAAGGCAAUGGACUCGGAUGAUGUCGAGCUACUUAAGCUUCUUUUGAAUGAGUCUAAGGUCACUCUAAAUGAUGCUUAUGCACUUCACUAUGCAUGUGCCUAUAGUGAUUCUAAGGUUAUUCAAGAGGUUCUUAAUCUAGGCUUGGCUGAUAUUAACCUUAGAAAUCCCCGAGGAUAUUCAGUUCUUCAUGUCGCUGCAAGGCGAAAGGAUCCAUCCAUUUUGGUAGCACUGCUGAAGAAAGGGGCCAAUGCAUCAGAUACUACUCCUGAUGGACAAACAGCUCUUGUGAUUUGUCAGAGGUUGACGCGGCGCAAGGAUUAUCAUGAGGAAACCGUGCAGGGCAAGGAAUCUAACAAAGACAGGCUCUGUGUUGAUGUUCUUGAGCGAGAAAUGAGAAGAAAUUUCAAGUGUGUGACUAUGUCUGAUUCAUCUGAGACAACUGCUGAUGAUUUGCAUAUGAAGCUGGAUUACUUUGAAAAUCGAGGUAGCGAAUUCUUAACAAUUGAGAAUGCUGAGGUGGAUUCAGCCUCGUUGGAUACAACAUCAUCGACUUUGAAGCGUGCAGGCGCUAAUCGCGAAGUAGACCUGAAUGAAACUCCGGCUGUUCGAACCAAAAAGAUGCAACUAAGAUUGCAAUCCCUUCAAAAAACAGUUGAGAAUGGUAGGCGCUUCUUUCCCCAUUGCUCUGAGGUGCUUGACAAUUUCUUGGAGGACCUCAUACCAGAUGUUUUCUUCCUAGAGAAGGGCUCAGAAGAAGAGCAGCGAAUCAAGAAGGCGCGAUUCAUGGAGCUCAAAGACGACGUCCAGAAGGCAUUUCACAUGGAUAUGGCCGAAAACAAACGCCAUUCUGGUUUGUCAUCGUCCUUGUCUUCCUCUUCUUCGUCGUCUCGCAAGGAAGGUGUUGGCCAUAGAGUGAGGAAAAAGUGA